AUGUUUCGGGGAGGAAAACUUCCAAAAUGUGAUGUUGCUGAGUAUUUAGUUUUACAUCCUCACUUCCGUUAUGAUGCAAUUGUGCCGCAGGAUAAAUGUUGGUCUUCUCAGACGCGAAAAGGGCCAUUGCAAAAGAAUGAUGAAACUGACAAACCUCUUCGAAUAGCUAUUGUUGAGAAGGAUCGUUGCAAGCCGAAGAACUGCGGGUUGCUUUGCAAACGAUCAUGUCCGGUCAACAAAAUGGGAAAGCAGUGCAUUGUUGUCGAAGCAACAUCUACGAUUUGCGAGAUUUCCGAAGUUCUGUGUAUUGGAUGUGGUAUUUGUGUGAAGAAGUGCCCCUACGACGCUAUCAAAAUCAUCAAUUUACCGUCAAAUCUAGCUAACGAGACUACACAUCGCUACUCAGCUAAUUCAUUUAAGCUUCAUCGUUUACCAACUCCGAGGACGGGGGAGGUACUUGGUCUUGUAGGAACUAAUGGUAUUGGUAAAUCUACAGCUCUCAAAGUGUUGGCUGGAAAAUUGAAACCAAACUUGGGAAAAUACGAUGCCCCACCGGAUUGGCCUAGUAUUCUGCAAUAUUUCCGUGGAUCUGAGCUUCAGAACUACUUUACGAAAAUCCUCGAAGACAAUCUUAAGGCAGUUGUGAAACCGCAAUAUGUCGACCAAAUUCCAAGAGCAGCAAAGGGUACUGUAGAGUCGCUUCUAUCCAGAAAAGCUGACAAGGGUAAUCGAGAGCAGGUUCAGCGUGAUAUGGAACUUGAUGGACUGUUGCAACGUCAAAUUGAGCAGCUUUCUGGGGGAGAGUUACAACGAUUCGCGAUUGCUAUGUGCUGCAUUCAGAAAGCGGACGUCUAUAUGUUCGAUGAACCGUCUUCGUAUCUAGAUGUAAAGCAACGUCUACGAGCUGCUUCACUGAUUAGAGAUAUGGUAGCGGCGAGCACAUACGUAAUCGUGGUGGAACACGACCUUGCUGUUUUGGACUACCUCUCUGACUACAUAUGCUGUUUGUACGGUGUACCCGGUGUUUAUGGUGUAGUCACUUUGCCCUCCGGAGUGCGAGAAGGGAUCAACAUGUUUUUGGAUGGUUUUAUUCGAACAGAAAACAUGCGGUUCCGUGAUGAUAAACUGUGCUUCAAGGUGUCUGAGCAACUAGAUGAAGUGAUAAAGCGUACGGGUAACUUUAAGUAUCCAUCUCUCUCGAAGAACCUUGGUUCAUUCAAACUUAACGUGGAAGCAGGUGAUUUCUCAGACUCAGAAAUUAUUGUUAUGCUUGGAGAGAAUGGAACUGGAAAAACAACUAUGAUCAGGAUGUUGGCAGGAUCGCUGAAGCCAGAUGAAGAAGUGGAGAUGCCUAACAUGACUGUUUCUUACAAGCCACAGAAAAUUAGUCCUAAGUAUGAGAAUAUUGUUCGGCAUAUGCUCCACGAAAAAAUUCCCAACAUGUACAUGCAUCCACAAUUUAAGUCUGAUGUAAUGAAUCCACUUAUGAUGGAUCAGCUUAUGGACAGAGAGGUUCAAACCCUUUCUGGUGGUGAACUUCAACGUGUUGCUCUGGUGCUGUGUUUGGGAAAAACCGCUAGUGUAUAUCUCAUCGAUGAACCAUCCGCUUAUCUCGACUCAGAACAGCGUCUUCACGCGGCAAAAGUCAUCAAGAGAUUUAUUAUGCAUGCGAAGAAAACAGCAUUCGUUGUGGAGCACGAUUUCAUUAUGGCUACAUACCUCGCUGAUCGUGUUAUUGUCUUCGAUGGAGAGCCUUCUGUACAAGCUACAGCCAGGAGGCCACAGAGUCUUCAGGAAGGUAUGAAUCGUUUCCUUGAAAUGCUCGAAAUCACAUUCCGUCGAGACACAGAAUCGUACCGACCAAGAAUUAAUAAGAAAGAAUCAAUCAAAGACAUUGAACAGAAGAAGAGCGGCCAGUUUUUCUUCCUCGACGAGGCUUAG